CACGGCAAGAUCACCAUCUUGAUCCCUUGGGCCAUGGUGGGCGCGGACUCUACGGGACCCGCCCAGCCGGCUGCGGCCAACAGCAAUCAAUACAUCUUGAUGGACAGCAUGUUUGCAGAGGGGGGCUCCGACUCGACCAUCCAGAAACAAGUCUACAGCCAUCUUUUCCAGAUGGGCAAACCGACAUGGGGCCACAUUGUCACAUUCGAGGGAAUGAAGUUUGAUAACCUUGGGCACAUCAUCCUACAUUUCACCAUCACACCGGGCGAGGCUAUCAGGAUGAUGGAGGAAGCCCUCGUCCCAGUCCCCGACCCUGGGUGGUUAUCUAGGUGGUUAAGCAUCUUUGAGUACCCCGAGAGCAUCUUUUUAGACAAUGGCAACCAUUUCAUCAAUGAGGGUCUUAAAACCUUUUCGGCCCCAUCCAUCGUCCGCCGGACGACUUGUGUCAAAAUGACCAUCAUCAGCGGCAGGUGUGGCCUGGUCAGUCGACUUUGGACAUCACUUCGAGGUACCAACACCACCAAACAAAGCCUGCGCACAGCACACUAA